AGCCAAUCAUUUUGGCGAGUAGAUCAUGAAAUAUUACUCUCGCAGUGUGGCUGGGUUUAUGACAUUUCCAUUUCCGUACGUAUCAUGAAAGUGCCAAAAAAUUGCAGUGUAGGAAGUGAAGUGAAGCGACUCUUCUUUCCAGUAAAGGGAGCGAAAUAGUGGGAAACGCGUUUCGUUCAAACUUUACUUAGCACGGAGUGUCUUUUACAUUUUCAGCAUUCUCUACCUUCUCUCUCUCUCUCUCUCUCUCUAAUCGGACAUUGAUGCUCUGAAAACCAUAAUCAGUGCCGUCCACUUGACUCAUCCAUCCAAAUCUUUCAGUGAACAACAAGCCCUCUGUAAAACCCCCUUCCUCCAUUGUUGGUUUAAAACCACGCUUCCUCUUUUUUUUUUUUUUCUUUUUUUUUUUUUUUUCUUUUUUUUGUCGUGCCGUCGUCUCCCAAACCCAUCGGCAACUCACCGACCCUUUACUGGAGGAACCAGUGAACCCUUCUCUCGCAGCUUGUGGUUUUUACAGUCUUUCAGGUAUACGAUGACUCACCGUUCAAUAAAGGAAACAAAGAUAAGUAAAUCUGAUUUAGAGGACUGUGAGUAUAGAUGCUAUGAAGAAUUAAAGAAUGGCACCUUCAAGGUCAAAGCUUCUAACUCAACAUAUAGAUGUCCAUUCUGUCCUGAGAAGAGUAAAACAAAUUACUUCUUGAAAGAGCUUCUCCGGCAUGCUGCCCGUAUCAGUAGAGAGUCAAAGAGCAGUAGCUUAAAAGAGAAAGCCAGACACUUCGCUUUGGAGAGAUAUAUAAAAAGGCAUCUUGAUCUCAAGGAUAGGUCAGAACCUCCCCCUAAGAUUGAAUGCCAUGAACAUGUACGUGGUCGUGAUCGUGAUCGUGAUCGUGAUCGUGAGCAUGAUCGUGAUCAAUUAUUUGUUGUUCCCUGGAUGGGCAUUUUGGCAAAUAUUAAAACUACAUUAGAUGACGAUCGGCAUGUUGGGGAAAGUGGUUCAAAACUUAGGAAUGAGUUGAUGAGAGAAGGGUUUAACCCUGUGAAGGUUCAUCCUCUGUGGAGCUGGAAGGGUCAUUCAGGAUUUGCAAUUGUUGAAUUUAACAAGGACUGGGCUGGUUUUAAAAAUGCAAUGUCGUUUGAAAAGAGCUUUGAAGUCAAACAUUGUGGGAAGAGAGAUUAUUAUGUAGAGAAGAAUCGAGGAGAGAAACUAUUUGGAUGGGUUGCCCGAGAGGAUGACUAUAAAUCAAUGGAUAUUAUAGGUGAUCAUCUUCGUAAAAAGGGGGAUUUGAAAACUGUUUCUGACUUAGAAGCAGAUGAUAAAAGGAAAAACGAAAAGCUUGUUUCCAACCUAACUGACACCUUGGGCACCAAGGAGCAGUGCCUCAAAGAGAUAGCUAGCAAAUUUAUAGAGACCAGUGUAUCUCUAAACAAGUUAGUGGAGCAAAAAGAUGAGAUGUUAAAACAUUACAAUGAAGAAAUAAGAAAAAUGCAAGAGGAAGGACGUGACCACUUUGAGAAGAUCUUAUUACAGCAUAAUGAAGCUACCCUGCAUUUGGAAGAUCAAAGAAAGGAGCUGGAACAGCAGGAGAAGCUAUUGAGACAACGAGAGGCACAAAAUGACAGUGAGAUAAGGAGAUUAUCUCGUGAGAAGGAAAUGAAUGCGAGAGCUACCUUGGAGCAAAAGAAGGCUGAUGAAAAGAUGCUUAAGUUGGCUGAAGAACAAAAGAGACAAAAGGAAAAACUUCGUAAAAAAAUUAUUCGAUUGGAAAAGCAACUUGAUACAAAGCAAGCCUUGGAAUUGGAGGUAGAGCGUAUGAGAGGAGCUUUACAAGUGAUGAAACACAUGGACGAGGACAUGGAAAUUAAGAAGAAGAUGGAUGAAAUUGAAGAAAAUUUAAAGGAAAAGAUAGAAGAAUUGGAUGGUGUAGAGGCGCUUAACCAAGCACUCAUUGUGAAGGAACGCAAAACUAACGAUGAACUGCAGGAAGCUCGGAAGGAAUUAAUUAAUAAGUUUAACACACAUGCUUCUCAGGGAUUGGAGGAAUUGCAGACCCGCAAUAUAACCAUUGGCAUUAAGCGAAUGGGUGACCUGGAUAUUAAGCCAUUCCAUGCUGCAUCCAAGAUAAAGUACACUAGUGAAGAAGUGGAAGAGAAAACACUAGAAUUAUGUUCUAUCUGGGAAGACAAUCUUCGGGAUCCAAGUUGGCAUCCUUUCAAGGUCAUCAUGGAUAAAGACUGCAACGCUAAGGAAAUAAUCAAUGAAGAAGAUGAAAAAUUGAAGCAUUUGAAGGAUGAGUUUGGCGAUGAAGUUUUUAAUGCUGUGCUAACAUCUUUGAAAGAAUUGAACGAGUAUAAUCCAAGUGGUAGGUAUCCAAUUCUGGAUCUCUGGAAUUUCAAAGAAGGAAGGAAGGCAUCGUUGAAAGAGGGAAUAUUGUUUGUUCUGAAACAAUGGAAAGUUUACAAGCGGAAAAGACACUGAAUAUUUACCACGUUCAGUAUGUUUUGCACAAGAUUCGGCGGACUAUAUGUGCAGGUUACCGCUUGACUGAUUUUUAUUCCGUCUUUUUACUUCAUUAUGUGCAAGUAUUAGUUAAAGCAAGGGGUUGUUUCUUUUCUUGUUUUUAUGUAAAUAUGGAUUGCUUGUAAACUUAACGAUUAGUUUUAAGACUUUUUAACUUUAGACAAAAGGUCUAUUUAGAUAGCUUUUAUCUGAAUAUAAAUACCUGAACUUUGUUAUAUAAAUAAAGGCAAUAUUUCAUCUA